GACCUCUCAAUAUUUACCAGGCCAAAGAAGUGUUGGUGAUCUAAUGUUAUUAUCGUUAUCAGAAGAAUAUGAUUCUAAAAAAGAUACAAUCAACACAUUGUAUUACAUUAAAAAGUUUAGCUCCUUUAUACAAUCAAGAUCUUCUGGUAAAAAGCAAGAAUUCAAUGAAGAGGAUCUAGAUGAUCAAUCUCAAAGUGAUUCUUUAUCAAGAUCUA